UCAAUAUGAAGCUCAAUGCUUUAGACAGAUUGAAUUACAAAUACCUAAACGCAUAUGUGCCAUUAAUAAAAAAGCUGAUUGUGACGAAGACAACCUGCAUUUAAAUACUCCAGAAACUUGGAAAAAGAAAGGAAAACGUCCAGCAUUCUUGAGAAACAAUAAUAAAAUUUUAGGCAAAAAUUAUGGUGAAAACCAACAAAAUUUUUUGUCAUUAAAUCUACAGAGCCAAGAUAAAAUACUAAAACAGAGUGUUGUAUUACAUUCAAAAGAAGAUGAGCUUAAUAAUGAUCAUCUCACUGUUUGCAGUCAAACAGAUCAACCAAUUGUGCGCAGUUUGGAUAUAGGUGCGCAAUUAUUUAAUAACCUCAGUGACGUCAGUGAUCACGAUUAUGUAUUAACAAGAGAAAAUAGUACAAAUCCAAGAGUCAUUGAGAAUAUAAAUAAAGCUGUUGUUAAUACUUCACCUGUGGCUUCGACUACCCAAAUUCUAUCAGACACUUCUUAUGGGCACGCAGUCGUAUGGGAAUCGUCAAAUGAUAAGUCUCCAACUGGAAAUUACAGCUUAUACCGUACGAACAAAUUGGUGAAAGAUCCAAUGUAUUACAUGAAGUCUUAUCGUGGAGUUGAGAAAUAUGUGGUAUCGCUAAUUUCUUUUGAAAAUGAAGAAAUAGAAAUAUCUUCUAUAGAUUUUUUGCGUUUGAACACUAAAGGCGAUACUUGUAUGCUUUGGUUACAUAAUAAAGAAAUAUGGUGUUUGUUACAGAUAUUUUUGGAAAGAAAUUCAAGGUCUUGGAUCACUAAGAAGAGACAGGAUUUAGGCUGUGUAAGUCCAGACCAAUCUUACUAUAUGUUCAAUCUUGGUAGGAGUGUUAAAGAUUCUACUGCUAACAGACCUGAGUGGAUUGAUUCAUCAAGGUUAAUAAUACCUUUACUGGAAAACAACCAUUGGACAUUAAUCUAUGUAGAUUUUAUAAAAAAAACAUUAUCGCUCAAACUUACAGGAUUUGGUACUAUCAAGUUCAAAGUGUAUGAAGAACAUAUGCUUAAUUUGUGGAAAAGACGAAGGGAGUUUUAA